AUGGUAGAAACGUGUGCUCGCACCUGCGCACCCGUCUCAACAAAUUGUAGUCAUGAAGUAGAGGAAAAGGAUGGAUCUCUGGGUGCAAAGGUCUGUCUAAUUUUGAAGUUGGCUGCGAAUUUCACGAAGACGACAGCGACUCUGGUAGUAAAGGUUAUAGUAAUCCUCAGAAUGAUGUUUGACAGGAGAAAAAAGAGGCGAUAUGGGGCUUAUCAGGUGGCUGUUACUAUCUUGGAGGCUAGACAUUUAGUGCAGAAUGCGAAUCCCAUGGUGGUUGUCAAGGUAGGCAAUCAGAAGAAGAAGACUGUUGUACGAGACAGAACCGACUGCCCAUAUUUUGAUCAUUACUUCGUAUUCGACUUCACUUGUGAGUUUGAAGUUUUGCUCAGUACGAGAGUAUCGAUAUCAGUGUAUUUGAGAAAUUCUUUGAGGCAACUCAAGUUUCAUGGAGGAAUUUUCUUUGAGGUAGCGACAGUGUGGGAUCAACCAGAUCAUAAAUACCAUCACAAAUGGGCGAUGUUAACAAACCCAAAGGACUCAACAGGAGAGCCCAAGGGUUACGUUAAAUGCAACAUAUCUGUCACUGCAAAAGGUGAGAGACUGCGCGCUUGUCCAGAUACUGACGGUGACGACGAUAUUGAAGGGAAUCUUCUUCUCCCUAUUGGAAAUUUUCUAUCUUCCAGCAGGCAAAGAGCUCGUUACGUACUCACAGUAUACCGUGCCGAUGGUUUGCCGAGUAGAGAAUCAACAUUUUGCAUUGGAAAUGCAAAAAAAAUGGUGAAUCCAUACGUUCAAAUAUCAUUUGCCGGUAUGAAGGGUGAGACAAGCUCUUACAAGUGCACGUAUACUCCACGUUUCCACGAGAGAAUCGUAUUCCGGGAGCUGUUUCCACCGCUAUCCCAUCGUCUGAGAAUUGCCGUAAAAGACAAAGUUCACGGCUGCAAUUCCACAAUACUUGCCACUCACAUGCUCAACCUUGCCAGGCUAUCAAAUUCUGGUGAAUACGGAUUUUUACCAACAUACGGCCCAUCAUUCAUUCACCUGUAUGGGAACGAUGUGAGGGAAGAUGAGUGCGGUUGUCGUGGCAAAUGUCAGACUCUACGAGCCAUUUAUCGAGGUAGAGUACUUCUUUCGCUCAAGACGGAAAUUGAUGAUACUGGGAUGUCUGGCAGUGCUGGAGUUGAUGUUGAGCCAGCUACACCAAUUAUGGAGAAAAGCCUCUGGGCGACGGAGGAGUAUCUCCUGGUGGGCAUAAUAUACGACGUAUGUAUGAUUGAUCGAUGCCGAUUCUUGAUGAAAUCAAUAAGUUUCGAGAUUAAUUUUGGAAAUGCCGGUAGUCGUAUUUUCCCCCACAACAUUUCCACGGACGAUGGACUGACGGACGAUGUGAUACUCGAACAUCGAGUAGAUUUUGUGAGCCACACUGAAUCAAGAUUAACGGCCACGACAGAUGGCAAGUUUAAUUAUCUACCACUUGGAUCGAGUAAGCCCUGUAUGUACGUAAAAUCCUGGUGGCCAAACUUGGAAUGGAGAGUAUCAAACACCAACAGUCUCACAUUUAUAGCCAAUUUUUUGGAGGACGAGCUCGCGAAAUUACAGUCGCUCGUUGCUGUUGAGAACAGUGCAGCGUAUGAGGCUUAUAAUGGCAUAAUUGGGUCGUUGAAACGCUUCUGUAUUCACUAUUUGCACAUAUUGGAUGCAGCGAAAUACGAUGACGACGGUGGCACUACAAAAUUGGACAGGCAUCGGGUUAAUCUGUGUCGCAAAUGUGUCGAGAGUAUUCUGAGGAUGAUUAGAGUCAACGGACAGCUUGCCAACAAUAAUUACCUCAGAAUGGCUGUCAUUCAUGCUUACAAAUAUCUCCACAAGCUCCGGGAAAUCUCCAAAGAUCCGCAGCAUGCAUUCCCGGAUGUUUUCAUUUGGAUGAUUGCUGGCACACGGCGUGUAGCAAUGGCACGUUUAUCCCCUUGUGAAAUUAUUUAUUCCGAGGAUGAGACGUCCCGUGGCUCAAAAUGCGGACAACGAAUCAAUUUGUUUAUGAAGAAUAGUGGAGCCGAGGAGGAGUUGAAUGACUACAGUGCCUGCAAAAUUGAAAUAUUCCUUUGGUUGGGUAAUGCCAAGUAUUCAGGAGCCUGCUGGAGCUCAAUUCCCUCCGGCUAUGAUGCUGAAUGCAUCACGAGUACUCAACCACUUCCGCGAAUCUUGAAAUACAACGUUAUAUCAAAAUUCCAGCUGCGUGCGCACAUUUUUCAAGGACGUUUCGAUCCUGGUAUGGACUCCACGGGUUUGAUGGACCCAUUAAUUCGAGUAAUAUUCCAUGGAUAUACUGCUACCACGAAGUAUGUGAAGCAAAGCCUUGCACCGGUGUGGGACGAGACUCUAGUGCUUCCACCGAUAGAAUUGUUCGGCUCGACUGAGGAUAUCAAAUAUCGUCCCCCGAAAGUCGUGAUAGAGGCGUUUGACUGGGACUUGUGUGGAACGAAGGAAUUCUGCGGCAGAUGCAUUACCACUCCAGUUGUAAAGCUGAAGGAUGAAACAUACUCACAACCGGAAUUUCCACCGACUCUAGCAUGGCACCAACUGAAGACCCAGAGGGAUUUUCAAGGGAGCGUACUAGCUGCCUUUGAGCUCAUCGAGAACAGCUUGAAAAUAAUUACACCGCUUCAGACUGAAGACGAUGAGAUUGUAGAUGUGCCGAUGUGUGCGUCUGAGGAGAGAAUUUAUAAUUUACCGGACGACGUGAGACCUGUGAUGAGGAGCCACAGGCUGGAGGUUAUAUUCUGGGGGGUCAGGGACUUGAUGAAGAUCAACUACACUAAAGUUAAUAAGCCUCGGGUUGUGCUUGAGUGCAGCGGAGUUUUUGUCAGGUCUGAGGUUAUGGAGAAUGUGAAGAAGUUCAGUAACUUCGAAGAGAAUCAUUUUAUGAUAGAUUUGGAUUUACCCGAGAAAGAUAUCUACUAUCCCCCAAUAACCAUCAAAGUAUUCGAUUCUCGCGGCUUCGGAUGUUUCAAAUACGCCGGUGUCUACAUAAUCCCCACUGCUCAUAUAUUCCUCAGAAAAAUUAUUCCCGAAGAGGAUUACAUUUCCCAGAUCUACGGGGAGCACAAUUCAUCAUCGAAACGACAGAAUCCCACAGUAGUUUGUAAAUUUGAUAAGACCUUAUCAAUUACCAUCAACCAAUCAGCACGAAAACUUUUCAGUUCCCUACCAAUCGAUUACGAUACUGAGAAAGAUGAGAAUGAAGGUUUGACAAGUUAUAAGAGGAUUUCCAGUGAGAACAAUCACUCUGGAAUAGGAAAACUCUUGACCAUGCUCAAGCCAUUUAUUUCCAAUCGUAAAAGAGAUGGCAAAUACGAGGGGCUGAAUUAUGGAAAUGACGAGGACCAUAGCUACGACUGGUGGAGCAAGUAUUUCGCAUCCCUGGAGGAAGAAAAGUACCGAGAGCUGGGAAUUAAGAAGAUUUUGGUGGGUCAUCAGCGGCCCAUAGCUACGUUCAGGAUAUACCCAAUGGAACUGGAGCUACAGCCGGAAUUUCAUGAGUUUCAAGAUAGGCUGAUGACAUUUGAAUUAUCACGCGGUAAAAGAACCGGAGAUCCGGAUUACGACCAGAGAAAUUACUCAGGAAAAUUCAAGGGUCAGAUAGCGAUAUAUCCCUGGCCCCAUCCGGACAAACUUGUCUGCAGAACAAUAACAGGGUACGACGCAUCGCACGGUCUCCUGGCAGAAUAUCCAUCUCAAGCACCCGUCAAGCUGCUCGUCCGUCUCUACGUCGUAAAAGCAAUCAAUCUCCAUCCCAACGAUCCACUCACCGGCAAGUCUGAUCCAUAUUUGCGAAUUAAAUUAGGGAAGAGUGAUAUUAAUGAUAAGAAGAACUACAUACCCAAUCAGCUUAAUCCCGUAUUUGGCAAGUGCUUUGAAAUUGAUGCACAAUUCCCAAAAGACCAUACAUUGACAAUUCAAGUGUGGGACUACGAUGCUACGAGCUCUGACGAUCUAAUCGGUGAAACGCGCAUCGAUAUCGAGAAUCGAUACUACAGCAAUCAUCGGGGUCACUGUGGUAUAUCCAGAAGCUGGAGGAAAUCUGGUUACAACGCUUGGCGUGAUCGUGAAAGGCCAACCCAGAUACUCGAGACACUCUGCAGACGAAACAAUUUGCCAUUACCCGAAUUCACGGAUAUUGUAACAAUUGGAAAUCAAAAAUUUCCAUUCACAAUGGAACUGGAGACGCGGGAUGAAACGGAGAGAAAUGAGUCCAUGGCCCUCAACGUUCUCCAUCAGUGGCAGGAUUUUCCCGUCUGUGGACUGGCUCUUGUGCCUGAGCACGUAGAGCGACGAUCACUCUUCAAUGCCAGACGACCUGGACUCGAACAGGGUAAAUUGGAGCUCUGGAUAGACAUGUUUCACGUCGAUGACCUUCCACCAAAGCCACCCGUUGAUAUUACACCCCAAUCCCCCGAGGUAUACGAAUUGCGUGUGAUUGUGUGGAAUACUGAGGAUGUGCCGCUCGUGGACAAUCAAUUUUUGACUGGUGAAAAGUGCUCGGACAUCUAUGUUAAGGGGUGGAUAUCAUACGACGAUAACCAGAAAACCGAUGUUCAUUAUAACUCCCUAAACGGCGAAGGGAAUUUCAACUGGCGAUUUUUAUUUCGCUUCACCUAUUCACGAUCGGAAAAUCUCAUGAUUGUGAGGAAAAAGCUCUCAGUCCUGGCACGUGAUGUGACUGAGCAAAAGCUACCCUGCAAGCUGACCAUCCAAGUCUGGGACAGUGAUCAUUUCUCUCAGGAUGACUUUUUAGGCUCUCUGACACUGGACUUAUCGCGAAUGCCACGUGGUAGCAACAGCUCGAAAAACUGUAGUCUAAAGGUCACCGAUACAAAAUCACCAACGGUCAAUCUAUUUAAAGUUAUGAGAACGAGGGCCUGGUGGCCGUUCAGCUGUGCCACGUCUGACGGUGAUUACAUUCAAGCGGGUAAAGUAGAAAUGGAAAUGACGAUAGUCCCUGCAGCGGAAGCUGACAAGGAGCCUGUAGGAAAGGGAAGGGAUCCACCGGAUCCACUUCCACCACCAGACCGACCCGACACUUCAUUCUCUUGGUUUCGUAAUCCCUGGAAAGCUUGUUGCUUCGUUGUCUGCCGUCAUUACAGAUGGCGUAUCAUCCUCUUCUCCUCCAUAAUUUUCAUUAUUAUGCUAUUUGUCUGUGCUAUUUACGCAUUCCCCGGUUAUCUGGUAAAAAAAUUACUGGCUGCGUAA